UUAACAACCAAUCCCAUCGCACAGUGCUGCGUGUAAACAUGGCGGCGAAAGAGGAAGAAAUCUGCUUCAAAAAGGAAACUGUGAGCAAACUCCUGUCCAGUUCCUUUAAAGAGGACAAAACCAAAUUAAGUGGUGAUGCUACACAGCUCAUGCGAGAAAUGCUGAGAGUAUUUGCGCAAGAGGCUGCUUUGAGGUCGCUGAAACAAGCUGAAUCUGAGGAUUGCAACCAAGUAGAGAUUGAGCAUUUUAAAAAGAUCCUGCCACAGCUGGUCUUCGUGAGUCGGCAGGUGGAGAGGAGGGUCCGAGUGAGGAGAGUCCAGACAAAGUUUUAA